AUGGGUGGCUUAGAGGAUAUGCCCGACAUAGCGAAAGAGAUUUGCAAAAAUAUUCGGAAGGCGGAUUUAAAACCGGAUGAUCUUCUUUCGAGUGGUAUUCUGUUCGAAGGAUCGUUAAGAACAAAUCAAAGCAAACUUUACAACAUACUAGAAAAAAAACAGACUUAUUCAUAUAAUUUUGUGAAUAGUUUAAUCGAAUUUGUUUUUUUAAACACAAAUGUCGAAAUGCGAUGGGACGGCUCACCAUGUCAAUUGACCAAAUUUAGAGAGAUUAAAGGCGAUGGUCCUAUUCAAUAUCCGGACAUAUACGAAAAUGAACGUCUAUAUUAUGGACCGAAGCUGUGGACCGUUUCGAAAAAUGGUACCAUAUCUAACGGUCAAGUUACCGAUCAUAAUUUACUAGAAGAAACAAAAAUAAGUGAUAAUGAUACUGUAACUUCUGUUUUCACGCCUGAAAGCUGA